AUGGCUUUGCAGCGUCUCAAAGAAGCGGCUGAAAAUGCUAAGCACGAGCUUUCUUCUUCGGAGAUUGCAAAUAUUAAACUUCCUUUUAUCUCGGCUGAUGCUUCAGGUCCGAAACAUCUUGAUAAAGAAAUUACGCGUCAGUUAUUGAAAGAACUUACUAGGGAUCUUUUGGAGAAGUUAGUCGCACCUUGUAAAAAUUGUCUCAAGGAUUCUGGUGUUUCCAAAAUUGAUGAAGUUAUUUUAGUAGGGGGAAUGACCCGCAUGCCAGCGGUUCAGGAGAAAGUGAAAGAGAUUUUUGGUAAGAUGCCAAACAAGUCAGUUAAUCCUGAUGAAGCAGUAGCUUUAGGGGCAGCUAUUCAAGGUUCAGUGCUAGCAGGGGAUAUUGAAGAUAUUAUUAUGCUAGAUGUUGCUCCUCUUUCUCUAGGAAUUGAAAUAGAAGGGGGAAUGAUGCAUCCUAUUAUUCGUCGUAAUACGACAAUUCCAACUAGUGCAAGUGAAACUUUUUCGACCGCUACUGAUAAUCAACCUAGUGUUUUUAUCCGUGUUUACCAAGGAGAAAGAGCAAAGGCUUCGGAUAAUAAACUGUUAGGAAACUUUGAACUAACCGGAAUUGAUCCCGCUCCCCGAGGAGUUCCCCAAAUCGAAGUAAAAUUUGACAUUGAUGCUAAUGGUAUAGUUAAGGUUUCGGCUAAAGAUAAAAAAACUAACAAAGAGGCGAACAUUACUAUUAAGGAUAGUGGUGGUGUCAGCAAGGAGGAGAUCGAAAGAAUGAUAAAGGAAGCUGAAGAAAAUCGGGCUAAAGAUGAAGAGCUGAAAGAUAAUUUGAAAACAUUGAAUCAAGCUCAAACUUAUUGUUACACUUUUGAAAAACAAAUUGAAGAGUUUAAAUCUCACAAAAAUUUCAAGGAAGAUGAUCCUCAGUUUCAAGAGUUCAAGAGGUUAUAUGAAGAUUUAAAAAAGUUAACUGAAGAAAAAAAUUAUCCCGAGUUAAAAAAUCAAUUGAACAAAAUUGAUGAACUUAUGAAACUUUCUAACGAGUUAAUGCAAAAGAUGCCUAAAGAAGAGAAAAAAGAUGAUGAGGGCUAUGCUUCUGGCGAAGAAGAAGAUAUUUUGGAUGUUGACCCAAAAAAGAAAGAUGAUGAUAAAAAGUAA